UCGUACGACGUCAUCGAAACAUUUGCAUUAAUGUGUAGUGGUAGCCUUAAAGCAGGCUUAAUCAAACAUAAUUAAAUGUAAAUAUAAUUUCUUUGAAUUGUGAUAAUGUGAUCUGUCAGUAAUUAGUAUUAUUUGCUGCAAUACUAAAUGUAAAAAAAAUAUCCUUUGCGUUUUCAGUUGCUUUUCAUUAAACGUCCGUUUUGGCGAGUCUAUUUAAUAUCAGUGUUAUUAUGUGUUAAACAAAAUAGUGUACCUAUACCUUAAUGAUUACUUUUUUGUUAAUGACGUUUUGGUUUUUAAGUUAUUCAUAAGAGGGCGGUUGUAAUAAACAUAUUUUGUAGAAGACUAGCUAAUUUGAAGAAAAGUCGUUAGCGUUUACGUACAAAUUAUGGAGUCAGAACAUCAACCUAAACUUAGUCCAAUAAGAGCCUUUCAAGUCCUCCAUGCGAGUAAUAUGGAGCCAGAAGAUGCAUACACAAGUCUCUCAGAGUACCAUGAUUAUGAACCAAGGUUAGAAUUUGAUGAUUCAGAGCUGACACAAGCCAGUGGCUUAGCUCCUUUGCCACCCGAAUUACUUGACAUUUCUGACGAUCUUCUCAAGCGUUCAGCUAGCGACGGUACCAUUGAAGAGAAUUUUGAAGAGGAACUUGGCAAAGCCCCUGAAGUGUACGGCGAGAUUGCGAAUUCUUCUCUUGAUGAUGACACCUUCUCUGAACUUGCGGGGACAGGUUUGGUAGAGGUAGUGGGCGAUGAUGAGAUCGGUCGAAGAAUAAUUGUGGUAUCGGCUUGCCGUCUUCCGUCGUCUAAGGAUCUACAUCCAGACAAACUUCUAAGAUACCUCAUGUUUACUUUGGACAAAUAUGUAGAGCAGGAUUAUAGCGUCGUAUACUUUCACUACGGCCUAACCAGUAAGAACAAACCACCGCUCUCAUGGUUAUGGAAAGCUUAUAAAGCCUUUGAUAGGAAAUAUAAAAAGAAUCUCAAAGCACUUUAUUUAGUGCAUCCGACAAAUUUCAUACGAAUUGUCUGGCAAAUGCUUAGGCCCGCUAUAAGUGUAAAGUUUGGAAGGAAGAUUAUGUAUGUGAAUUAUCUACACGAACUGCAACAACAUUUGAAUUUGGACAAACUUUGUAUACCAAAGCCAGUGUUAGAGUACGAUAAAUUGUUGCUAGCUAAGAAUCCUAGGGCUGCAGAAAUGGCUAGGCAACUAGCUGAAAAGGUAGACGCGCCGCCCGAUGAGAGUGAUGCGAAGGCCGUCCAAAAGGAAAGUCUUUCUCCACCUCUGACUCAACAAUUUGGUGUGUCAUUGCAGUUUAUUAAAGAAAAUAAUACAAACAUGAUCGACUCCAUACCACCAGUUGUGAGGCAGUGCGUUGAAUUUCUUUCACAACCCGACGCCCUAGAAACCGAAGGUCUGUUUCGAAGAUCAGCAAACAUAUCAGUUAUAAAAGAACUGCAGAGAGCCUGCAACAAGGGCGAGCCAAUAUCUUUCAGGAACGAUCCCCACAACGCCGCAGUUCUACUGAAGACCUUUCUCCGCGAUUUGGAAGAACCACUGUUGACAUUCGACCUGCACGAAGAAAUACUGAAGUUUCAAACUUGGUCAAACCGUGAAAAACCUCGUCAAGUGAAAAUCCUCAUUCUGGAGAGGCUGCCCCUGGACAACUACAAGCUGCUUAAAUACAUCUUUCAAUUUUUAUGGAAGGUUCAAGAUAGGAGCUGCCUCAACAAAAUGACGAGCGGUAACCUAGCCGUGGUUUUUGGCCCGAAUCUUUCUUGGCCCCCUAAUGGUUUUAUGUCACUUCAAGCCAUUUCGCCAAUCAACGCUUUCACAGAUUUCCUCCUUGAAAACCAGAAAUCCAUAUUUAUAAUCUAGAUCCUCUGCCUGCUGCAGAUUAUCAAGUCAAUAAGGUCUGCGCGGUGAUUAUUAUACGGUUGGACCUACUUUAUUCGGCUUUAAUAUUGUUGAAUGCCAAAUACAAUUUAUACGUUUUAUAAAUUUUCACCUGAGAGUAGUGCAAAUUUUUAUAUUUAUGUAUUUUCCUAUCUCUUAAACAAAGGAAUAAAACAAAUUGUACCUACAAUAACGAAUAACCAAAGCUGACAUCGAUCGAUCGGCUAGGGGGAGGGCCGGCCCACACGAGCCUUCCCGUCUGGGCUAAUAAUUAAACAUUUAUGCACUCGCUCCCGUGCCUUUAUUCGUCUCGCUUGCAUAUUUUGCCUUUGAUUUAUCAAUUUUAAGGUAUAACGAAAAUGAACAGCGGUAUUUUAUACUACCUUAAACGUUUGUUAGACUAAAAAUUACUUUUUAUGCAUUUUAUUUUUAUGCGUAAAAUUUACAGAAAAAAACGUGACACAGUCAUUUUUUGAUUUAAAGGUAUUUUGAUAAAAUAUGUACGCAGGUGGAAUUAAUAAAUUAUCAAGAAAAUGCGUCUGAUACUUCAUAGGUACAUGAUUUUUUUUUCUAAUUGGAAGAUGAUUUUAAUCUUUUAAGUGUAACAUAAAUAUCAUGUCAAUUAUUUGAAUUAAAUCAAUUUUUAUUAUAUUUUAACAAACAAUGGAUAUUGUUUAAUCGCUGUAACCGACCUUUAAGUGUUACUUAACUACAUGUACUCACGUAUAGACAAUUAUUAUAAUACGUCUGUCUGUACUUGAGCAACGAAUAAAUAAAAUUUUAAAACUUAAAACAAUUUUAAAAUGAUUUAAAUUUUACAUCCGUUUUAAAUGUAUCACUAGAGGAAUAUAAUUAAAAGGGAAAAUGUAUGCUGUUCUCGUCAUCACACUCGUAGAUAGUGCGAGCGAGAUGAAUGAUUUAGUGUUUCGAAUAACUUUUUAAUAAAUUUGUGCCGUUUGUUUUAGCGAGCAUUCAUAUUAUUAGGAGUUUAAAUUUAUCAUUAAUCGACUAUACACGUUUUAUAAAAAAAACACGUAUCGAAUAACAUAAAGGAAAUACAUAUAUAAUCAUGUAGUCAAGUAAAUUUAGACCCCCUGUAGAUAAAUUUAAACAUUAAAUUAAAUCAAUCAGUGUACGAACGUUCUUUUUUCAAAGUUUGUAUUUCAUGUUAUUUAUAAAUAUAUCAUAAAUUAUGUGCCGUUGUUUCGGUGAGUCUUGAGGGUCUCAACUAUCAUUAUUAUCAUUACUAAUUUUGAUAUAUUACAGAUCUGUUUGUAACAAAAUAAAGGGAAGGCUUUAUUUUUAUUUUUUUAAUGUAUGUCAUACGAAAGCGAAGUUCACACAUCUUAUGAUAUCGGUAAAGCGUACAUUUCGCACAAGUUGAUGAGGUGAUGUUUGUAUUGUGUAGUUUUUUUACAUCAACAGGCAAUAUGAAAUUGUUAACUUUUGUUAUAGCAUGUUAUGUUUAGUGUUAAGUGUUUAACGAAUCUAUAUUGUAAUAUAACAUGUAUUUUGUCAUAUGAUGAGAUAUACCUUGUAUUCAUAUAAGUUUAUUCAAUAGAACCGGCCGUUAUCGAUUGACCGGAUUCAGCGUUUCAAUGUGAGCUCGCUGCCGGACGCAUCCUACGUUGUGGGACAUUUUGCAUGUACGAACUGAGUAAAUUAUUUACAUUAAAUGAAAUAUAGGAUUUUUGGAAAUGCCGUGUUAUGUAAUGUGGCCAUGGAACAUAUUAUUAAUAUUGAAUUUAUCUAGUACAGGUGAUAUGUGGUAAACUUUUUUACUGCCUACAUUUUAAAAUCGGAAGUCGACCAGUGAACUUUUGAGUUGAUAAUACCUGAUAACGAUUGCCAUACUUAAUUAUUAAACAAUCAUAGAUCAACGAAGUUUUUGAGCUAAAUGUUUACAUUAAUAUCGGAUGCACAUUUUAGUUUAUCUGAUUUUGGCAAAACAAUUUAUAUCGUUGCAUUAUUAUUAAAAUGUGUCUUGAACGAUGAUAUGUAAUAUUGUCGUAUAUUUACAAACUGACAAUUAAACUUUUGAUGUGUUUAUAUAAAUCAUAGUUUUUACAUUUAUUGCGAUUCAUGAUCACUUCAGAUGUUAAUGUAAAAAAUCAAGAUUAAAUACUGCUAUUUUGAGCAGCCUGAGGGCCAAUUCUACUAAGUUAUAACGAUUAAGAUGCGUUCCAUAUUGUAUUUCGAUUCAACUUUGAAUAUUCCUCACAAAAAUAAACCUCAGCUUUUUCGUAACUGAUGGCGAAUUACUAUUUAUUUAUAUCGGUUACGAUCACAUUCCCAUCCAACUUUGACUGAACCGCAAUAGGAGCGUUUUUUAGUGGACUAGGAAAGCGGCUGAACUGUAACGAUUACGUUUCGACUCGACUUCGAAAAAGUGGCAAGUUGUUCUUAGAAUUGGCGCCCUGGACGUUUAUUGGACAUUAAAUAUUUACAUGUUAUUAUAAGUAUGUAUAAUGAGUUUUCAUUUUUAUAAAGUAAAUUAGUUUGUCGACUUUAGAAGUAUAAAAUAUAUAAGUGAAAAAUAAAUAAAAAUGUAUACCAAAUACUCGGUUAGUCUGUCGUUAGAAACACAUAUAUAUAUAUUCUAUAGAGAAAAAAAUACCAUGUUUAUUGUAAACUAAUGUAGAUAUAAUUAUUUAGUUUUUUAAGCACUAAGUUAGUAACUAUUUAUCUCAUCUUUUUUAUAUGAUAAUGUGAUCUUAACUAAAUAUUAAUCUUAAUUUAAAAAGUCUGCAUUAAUAAUAUAUCCAAUAUUAUUAAGAAAUACAGUAGCGAGUUAUAAAACUUAGCAAGAGAUUAAUGUCCGAUCCAUUAUCCAUUGAAAACGAAAAUAAAUUAUAAUGACAUUGAGAAGUAGUUUCCUAUCCAACAUUAUUAUUAAAAUAUGAACGCUUACAAAAGGUUAUUACUAUUUCUGAUGUAAUACAUACAAAACUAACAAUUUCUAUGCCUCGCAAAUUGAAACGUAUUUUAUCAAUUCCGCCCAAUUCAAUGAACUACAUUUUGAGUCCAGUUUCAAUUAAUCCGUACCUAUAAUAUUUUGAAUAAUUUGAACUCGGAUUAUUAUAAAACAAAAAGCAGAUUGAGGCCGCGAACGGCGACACUAAAGUAGAAACUUACCAUAUCACACAGACAUUGUAAACAUGUGCGCGUAGGGCUGCAAGAGUAGUUAAAAAAUCUCACUUUUUUUUAUUAAAUUGUAUUAUCUCUACAUAACAUAAAACAAAUUUUCUCGCCGUUUUGUACGCUUAGAUCUAGCGACGGAUUUUAAUAUCUGAUGAAAACCAUCAAU